AUGGGCACAUAUGAUUCUGACGGCCGUGUGCUCGAUCAACCGUAUACAUGGAACCGCACCGCAAACUCGGCCACCGAGACCGUCUCGAACCUGUACCGCGGAAAUCCCGUCAUGGGCGGCACGGGGUUGAUUGGAAGCUUCUUUUCACCCUUCGGACGACUCGUGCAUCUACCAGCUAUUCAUACCUGCGAACAUGAUGUUCUCGCACUACCUCGGCCUCUGUGCAGAUAUCAUGCUGAACCUGCAGAACCCACUCGCGCCGACCAUGGCUUCCAGCAUGCGGAACCUGUGAUCCUCCAUCCGCGUCGAGCUGCGCCAGCUGGUCGGCGGCACGGACGGUUUGGGCCUGAUCCAUGA